AUGGCCCCAACAGCAGGAUAUCGUACUGGCAUCCACAAUCAUCUUUUGAUUUACAUUACAAGCACCACUUCAUUCAACGCUGACCCUGUGGCAACUGCACAAUCGAUCAUCAAACAAAAACAGUACGGAAUAAUCACUGUCGGUGUCGGUAAGGAUAUCGAUCACAAUAAGUUGAACGCCGUUUCUGGAGGAACUCCAUGCACUUUUCUUGCGAAGACUGCUGCAGAACUGAAUGACGUCAUCAAACCAAUCCAACGUCAUAUAAUGUUCGCAGAGUCAGUAGGUUACAAUUCAAUCAGAACUAAUUACGUGUUUUCAGUGCAAAUAACGGAAAUUACUGCCACAAGAGAUGAUGUGAGGAUUUUCGGAAACAAUAAACUAUUUCAUUUCAAACCUUUUCAAAUCACGCAUUUCUGA